UUUUUAAAAAAAAAAUUUAAAAAAAGCAUUUGAAAAUUAUGAAAAAAUUAUUUUUGAACUUUAAAAAAAUUAAAGUGUACGUGAAAAGUUAAUUUCAAAGAAAGUUUCGCUCAAAAUGACAAAGCAUGAGUAUUUUAAUAGAACCUCAUCUAUUUUCCGGUUACUCAAUAAUUGAAGGGCAAUAGGGUUACUAAUCAGUGGUCACUUUGUUACCCUGAACAAAACCUUUGUAAACAUGGAUCCUGAAAAGGCGAAACAACGUAAAAACAAAGAGUGUUUUCUGAAGACUUUGUUGUAAAAAAUCUUUGUUCUUGAUUAAAAGUUACUGUUUUAUUAAUUAAUUUUCAUCAGAACAACAAUAGAACUCUGAAAGUUUUGUAUUUGUUUCAUUUCCUCGUAAAGUGCAAUCCAAAUAUCCUCACACGAAACUUAAACAAAGUUUAUCCGAAGAUAGUUUUCCGAAGCUGUUUCGUAUUUAUUGCUUGGAGAUAAACUUUUCAUCGCUCAAGAUACUUUAGAAUUAUCUGGGCUGUUUAUAUUUUAAUAUAGUUUGUAGUUUAUUAAUAGUCCACCCACCUGUGCCAAUAUCCAACAAAUAGAUAGAUAAAAAAUCAAUAACAAAUUUUGUUUUACGAUUAAUAAAUCCGCAAAACUUUUUUUACUGACUAAAUUUAUAUUUAUACAAAUAUUUUGUUUUAUUUAUUUUCUUAAGCUAACCUUUGUUGAUUUUGAUUAACAAUCCCUCGAAUUUAUACGCACCGGGUGAUAUUUUAUUUGGCAAGUCUUGUACGCUAAAUAAAGAUUUAAAUCAAUACAAAUGAUAACUUAUCAAUGGGAAAAAAAAAAUCCGGAAUGUUUGAAUUGAAGCCAAAGAAGACAACGAAAAAUCCAAGGCAAAUAUUUAUCACUCAUGCUUUCAUAUCCAUUGAAAUAAUAAAAUGAAUAUUUUUAAAUAUUUAAAGUACAUCGAUGAUGAUAAUUUAUUUUUAAUAUUAUUUUAAUUAUUAUGAAAAAGUAUAUGUAUAUAAAAUUAAGAAGACAUAAUAAUAAUAUUACAUGAUAGUAAACAUUCUUAAGAAUGAUACAAUAUUGUACUUAGGAUUAAAGUUAAUCCUAAAGCGGCAAUAUAAGUUACCGCUAAAGAUUUACAAAGCAGUCCAACUUUUAUUAAUAAAUUUUUAAUGCCGUGAAAGAAAGUAAUGCUGGAAGAAAUGGAUGGUUUUUCAAAUCAAAAUAGUUCCCGGUGGUGGGACACGAGCAUCAACACUACUAACUGUACAUCGAUGGAUCUAAACUGUGAUGAGUAUCCUUCUACUGGAGAGCUUAAUGAAAGCAUGGUAAAAGUGGUUGUGCCUAUAUUUUUCGGGAUUAUUGGGUUACUGGGCUUAGUAGGCAAUUCGCUGGUGGUAAUUGUAGUCGCGUUGAACCCCGGAAUGAGAUCGACCACUAAUAUUUUAAUCAUCAAUCUGGCUAUUGCUGAUUUGCUCUUUGUUAUAUUUUGUAUACCAUUUACUGCUACGGAUUACAUCCUUUUGUACUGGCCGUUUGGUGACACUUGGUGCAAAAUUGUACAAUAUUUAAUUAUUGUCACUGUAUGCGCCAGUGUCUACACUCUUGUUCUGAUGAGCCUUGAUAGGUACUUGGCAGUCGUACAUCCAAUAGCCUCUAUGACUGUGAGAACAGAAAACCACGCCUUCCUGGCGACUUGUUUUGCGUGGUUAAUUAUUCUAACAGCGUCUAUUCCCGUGCUUAUUAUCCACGGUGAGAUUUAUCCGUCAUUACAGCGACCAAGUAGUCAAAGACCAAACCAAAUGAUGUGUCGAAUUCGCCUCGACGAUCGAGUGGUUUUUCAAGUAACAUUUUUUUUAUUGAGCUACGUGAUCCCUUUAACGCUCAUAUGUGGUCUCUAUAUAUGCAUGCUCAUAAGACUGUGGCGCGGCGCACGUACCAGUGCUGAAAGUCGCCGGGGUAGAAGGAGAGUAACUCGGCUUGUGAUUGUCGUAGUUGGAGUUUUCGCCUUUUGUUGGUGUCCUCUUCAGUUGAUAUUAGUGGCAAAAUCACUAGACUUUUAUCCGCUGUCAACGGCAUCAGUGAUGUUUCAAAUCGCGAGUCACGUUUUGGCGUACAUGAAUAGCUGCGUCAAUCCCAUUUUGUAUGCUUUUCUGAGUGAAAACUUUCGCAAAGCCUUUAGAAAAAUAAUUUACUGUAGACCGAGAUAUAAUCCUCAAGGAAUUGGACCUCCUACGAAGACCACCAGAGCUGCUAGUAGUGGUGAUAUACUUUAGAUAAAUGGAACGCUUUCAAGGGAAUAAGCAAUUUUUGUUAAUUUCUAUUUCAACAUAUUUUUUUUUAUUCAAAAAAAUUUUUAAAAAUAAAUAAAAAUGUAUUCUUACUUAAUCAUUAAAU